GCCCCUAGCUAUCUUCAGGGUGGGAUGCACAGUUAUGGAGCUAGCUCGUUCUCCACACCUGUUCUAUCAUGUACUUUAUCACCUAAUUUACUUGAAAAAGUACCGAGAUCUAACUUUCAUUGCACACAACCCUUCCCUAGCCUUAUUUUGAAGCUAUUUAUGUAAUUCUAUAUACAAAUUUAGUGAGAAAAUACCUCAUGUGGUGGAUAAACUGGCAUUUAUCUGUAUAAUAGCGGGGUACUAACGGCGUACUUUAUAUUCCCUAUGGAGGGGUAAAAGAUUAUAAUGCCCCGCCAUCAUUGGGCAAUCAGACCAUGCACGCCGAUUUCAGGAACGUCAUUGUGAACAAGUUUUAUUUUUUUCCUCUCCAUCUUUUUCAAUUCAAGUCAUUCACUUAUUAAUCUUAUUUUGAGAUUUGAGGCAAUCUAUUCUACUCAAUUCCAUUCGAUAUCCUAAUCGCUAUGGAGUCGACAUUACCUCUUCCUUUUCUGAUCUCUGUACCCGUCCCGCCUAGUUGGGUCUCAAGCGAGGAGGGGCAAGGACUGAGCCAAGAAGAAGUAUCAUGUCUGGGCUGCGUUUUCUUCGAGGUGACUCAGCAGAAUUUCCAAGAACUUCUUGACAAUCUCGGACAACUUAACUCCGCUGCACUUCACACUUUUUUCGAUGCCACCGGCCUAGAAUCAAAAGAUGAUGUUGUCACGCUAUUGGACAAUGGUGCUCGAAAAGUUUUCGUUCAACCCGAGAGGCUUCCGGACUUCACGGAGUACGGGAGACGAGUAGCUCCAGCAGUGAGCAAGAUUAACCAAGUGUCGUCCGGGACACAGCAUGGACUACUUCUAAAAGAUUUUGACCAACGGAAUUGCGAUGUGGCUGGCUUCAUGGAGUCAAACAAGGCCACUAAAAUGCCACCUCUAUAUAUCAAACCCAUUCAAGACACCACAUACGAUCAUUUCGUUGAUAUAUGCUCACAACUAUCCGCCAUCCCUAUCAUCCCAUCAACAGAAUUAACAACAAAGAAGGACGAAGUAGGGAAGGUCUCCGUAUCAAAAUUAUUUUCUACGGCAUGGAAGUCAGAUAGACCAGACAAGCUUUUGCCUACUGUUGUUUGCGAUGAAGGUGGAGUUGCGCUUGGAUUAGUGUAUAGCAGUGAGGAAAGUGUUGCGGAGUCUUUACGGACGAAGACGGGCGUCUAUCAAAGCCGGAAACGAGGACUUUGGUACAAAGGUGCUACCUCUGGAGACACGCAGGAGUUGGUGAGGAUAUCUCUCGACUGCGACAAUGACGCUCUAAAAUUCGUGGUCAACCAAAAAGGUAAAUUCUGUCAUCUCGACCAAUAUGGAUGUUUUGGUGAUCUCAAGGGGAUUGCGAAGCUCGAACAAACACUACACUCAAGGAAACGGUCGGCUCCCGAAGGAUCAUACACGAAACGUCUCUUUUCAGACGAGAAGCUUUUGCGCGCCAAGAUCAUGGAAGAGGCAGAAGAAUUAUGCGAUGCAAAGGCUCCCGAGGAUAUUGCGUUUGAAGCGGCGGAUUUAAUCUACUUCGCAUUGACGAGAGCUGUCAGUGCUGGAGUGAGUCUGUCUGAUAUUGAGAAGAAUCUCGACGCCAAGAGCUUAAAGGUCAAGAGAAGGCCAGGAAAUGCAAAGGGCCAAUGGGCUCAAAAGGAGGGCAUUACGAAUGGAACUGCUGAGAAAGCCAAGGAGGUCGCGAAGACCUCUGCCACUCCGUUAACAUCCGCCCCAGGUACCGAUAGAAUAACCUUGAAGCGGGUUGAUGUUAGCAAAGUCAGCGAAAUUGAAGUUUCAGAGGCGUUAAGAAGGCCGUCCCAAAAAUCGGCCGACGCGAUUAUGAACAUCGUCACUCCUAUCAUUAACGACAUUCGAACAAACGGAGAUAAAGCAUUACUAUCUUAUACUCACAAAUUCGAAAGGGCGACUUCCCUUACUUCACCUGUCCUCAAAGCUCCAUUCCCUCAGUCGCUCAUGAAUCUCCCUCCAGAAACUAUCAAAGCGAUUGAUGUCUCAUUCGAAAAUAUUCGAAAGUUCCAUGCCGCACAAAGAGAAGAGCCUCUAAAGGUUGAAACUAUGCCAGGUGUUGUGUGUAGUAGAUUCUCUAGACCGAUUGAGCGAGUUGGUCUGUAUGUUCCAGGUGGAACCGCGGUCUUACCCAGUACGGCGCUUAUGCUCGGAGUACCGGCUAUGGUAGCAGGUUGUAAGAAGAUUGUUCUUGCGUCUCCACCACGUUCCGAUGGUAGUAUAACGCCAGAAAUUGUGUACGCUGCUCAUAAAGUUGGUGCUGAGAGCAUUGUCUUGGCCGGGGGUGCACAAGCUGUUGCAGCAAUGGCAUACGGUACAGAGAGUGUCAGCAAGGUAGACAAGAUUCUUGGACCUGGAAAUCAAUUUGUGACCGCCGCCAAGAUGUUCGUCAGUAACGAUACCAACGCCGGAGUGAGCAUCGAUAUGCCGGCCGGCCCAUCAGAGGUAUUGGUAGUUGCGGAUCAGGAUGCCAAUCCGGCUUUUGUCGCCUCUGAUCUCUUAUCUCAAGCCGAACACGGUGUCGAUAGCCAAGUUGUCUGCAUUGCCAUUGAUCUAAAUGAAAAGCAAUUACAAGCGAUCGAGGACGAGGUCCACAAGCAGGCAAUGGCUCUACCACGAGUAGAUAUCGUGAGGAGUGCCAUCGAUCACUCCGUUACAUUCAUAGUCAACGAUGUAGAAGAGGCAAUGAGAAUUAGCAACGAGUAUGCUCCUGAGCAUCUGAUCCUACAACUCAAGGACGCUGAGAAGGUGGUGGACAAGGUAAUGAACGCCGGUAGUGUGUUUAUUGGGCAGUGGACUCCCGAGAGUGUUGGUGAUUACUCUGCGGGUGUCAAUCACUCCUUGCCUACCUACGGGUAUGCCAAGCAGUAUUCGGGGGUAAACCUUGGUUCCUUCCUCAAGCACAUCACAAGUUCGAACCUGACCGCCGAGGGUCUCCAAAACGUGGGUGGUGCAGUCAUGCAACUGGCAAAGGUAGAGGAACUUGAAGCACAUAGGAGAGCCGUAAGUAUCCGAUUGAAUACUCUCACCGGCGAGCAGGUUUAAUACAACCCUACUGGAUGAUAUGAGAUGCCUAUAGCCCAAAAUGGAAGGGGGUAAAUGAAGAAGAAAAUGUGUUACUCACUUCCGGCUUCGCGAUCCCUCUGGAGAGUGAGUUAAAACAGGUUGCCAGUCACUUUAAACUUCUGAUCACCUGGUACUAUCAUUUUCUUUCAAUUAUGGUGUAUAGCCUAGUAUAGGUAAUGGAUUGAUAAUUAAAAUGGGGUGGGGCAUAUAAGACAAGCAGAUAGAUAUGAAAAAGCAAUUGGAGAAAAUAAGUAAAAGCAUGAGUAAAAUGAUGUUUCCUGGUGGUGGUGGUUUCAUUAUGGAGUGCUAGACAAAAUGGUACGCAAAUAUCAAAGAAAACUUCCGUUCGUCCUCAUCCGAACUUGAUAGCAUGAUAUCGGGAGACACUACAAAUUGAGAUACGCCGAAACACGUCAUUUAAGCCGGUCGAAACUCCUUUAUUCAGGACCGAUUGGUAAUUUCUAAAGUAGGUAGCCGGGUGGGGGUUGUUUAUUCGGGGUACGGUGUCGCCUUCCGUCCGAUUUCUUUCACCUUUUGUCCUAGGUUUGCGCCUUCUGUAUUUACACAGCCCGAACAAAG